UGAAAAUAAUCUUUAGUGAGGACGAAGGUCGACUACAGGGACUGGGUACGACUACGUUCGUCAUGGGGACAUGGCAAAUCACCAUACAUGAUAUAGUUACUCAUUCAUUAGAAAAGAUGGCGACCCGGUUUUCAUGGCGGGCAAAGAACUAGACAGCAACUUUUUGAUCUUUCUGCCUCAGGUUUUCACGAAUGAUCCUGUAUCAGACAUAGAGCUAGGCUCGAGGAAUUCAUGCUACGCCGGAGAGCGCCUAUGCUUUUUUCUGAUCGCUCAGUUUCGAGGAAGGAAUCGAGAAGAUGCCAAUUUCCAAGCAUGGAAAAAACGCCUGCUGCAUGUGUGUAUGUCUGUUAGUGUGAGCAGCAUUGAUUUAAUGAGCAGAAAGGAUGACGCACAUGCAGGCGGACUUAUUACUUGCUGGCCUAUUAACUCUUCGAAAGUGAAGGGAAAAGAUGAUGACUUGCGAAAAAAGAUUGAGCCAAAAAUUACAACUCGGGGAGAUAUCAUUUAUCCUCUGAAUGUUGUGCUCGACUCAUUGCCAGCAUUGACCAGAAGAAUGCGUUUGUCUGUGAAUGUCUGGACACCUGAAUUAAACAUCCUUCAUGAAACAGAAGCUACUCACAAUAUUGACUUUAAACGAUAUUUAGUACACCAUGAUCCAGAUGAUCUUAUGGAAGAAUCAAAGAAUGCAUGGCGGUGUAUAGUGAAUGCUACUCUUCCAGUUAUAACUCCUCCAACACUUCGCUGCAAGUAUUUUCAAGUGGCUGGCAAGCAUUUUCUUUGCAUUGAAGUUAUCAACAUUUUGGGUAAAUCAGUCCAUCUUAAUGAAGUUGCUAUACACACUAGCACUGAUGUAGCUGUGGAAAAUGUAAAGAACAUGAUCCACAGUCUAGGUCACUUGAAACAGGACUCAAAACCAAGGUUUUCCUGUUUAGACGUUUUCCCAGUCACAGCCAGUGAAAAUUUAUCAAGUGAACAUCCAAUUCUUCUCAGACCAUGGGAGCACUAUGCAUUUCUAUUCAGAAUCAUCUAUCACGAGAACCAGAUGGCUUUUAACAAGCAACUGGAAGUGGCACUUAAAGGAUCAAUAACUUGGGGUGUUGAAACACUCAAGGAACGAUAUCAAACAAUAAACACCACUUACAGGUACUNUACCUUUUUUUACUUAAAUAAGCCAGGUUUGACAUUUCAAUUACACACCCUGUAUAAUAAGCAGUUGCAGUUUUGUUUUAAUAACCAUGUCCUCAUCUGUGACAGAUGUUGUCCAUCGGGAUCUUCAGUGACAGUAAAUGUGGAGUUUUUAGCAGUGCAAGAAGGACUACAUGAGGUUGGUAAAUUUAUGAAGUGCAAAUGGUACAGUGAGUCAACUGAGCAAGAUUUUCCAGACAGCCAACCCAGAGAACAGAACCUUAUUCCUGGGUUCACAACGGUGUCACAUUCAUGUCAAGUUUUUGUGACAGGUGUCAGGUAGUUGCUGACAUGGCAUUGGUUUCUUAUAUACGUAAGAAAAAUAUUAUACUGCAAUUACUAAAUUUAUUAAUUCUAUAGAAUAAUAAUUAUUGAGUAAUUCAUUUCAAAGAUAUUUAAAAGAUAUGCUGUGAUGAAAAUACUUCUAUCUCAAAUCAACCUCAGGUUUUCUGUUGUUGCUGUGUUAACUAUAAAAAAAUAAGUUAUAGAAUUUUUGAUUGGGGAAGAACAUAAUUAAUACUUUUAUAGCGAAGACCAUCAGGAUGAUUGUUAAUGAGUGAAAUCUUUAUGUUCCAAAACAAAUAAAAAUUGUGAGAAGAAAAAAAUCACCAAAUGAAUGUAAGUAAUGUUUGAUGUGACUUAGUUGCAGCAAUUGAACUGAUACACGUUUGAGAAAAUGUAAUUAAUGUCAUUGAGGUCUGCAUCAGGCUUUUAAAAAUUAAUUAAAAAACAAUCAAUAAUUCUGAGAUGAAAUAAUACACACAAAAUGUAGUUCUAAUGAGGGGUAUCCUAAUGAAUAGUAAAUUAAGACAUUGUUAUUGUUGAAUAAUAGUUACAUAAAUAUUAGAGUAAAAAUAUAGUAAUCAAUUUUCCUCGUUCAUCUUGAAUAUCAUAAUUAUAUAGAUUAUUGUACAUUUGUACACACAGACCAGAGAUUAAGCUUAUUAGUGUCUUAUAACAGAAAAAAACUCAGUAAUUAAAAAUUUCUAAAUUAAGGCUUGUUAACUAGUAACAAGUUAUUGUUUUGCUGCAGUGCAAAAUGCUACCUCUUUGAUCUAGUUAUAGAUCAUUUUUCACUCACGUGGCCAGUACUUAGCCAUGCAAAUUAAUUGGAACAAAAGAAAGUGUAACUUACAAAAGAAAGGAGUUCAACUCUCACAGGAUUGGUUUGGUAUACAUGUGUACCAACGUGGCUGCUGUUUCACUGUAGUGGUACACCAAUAUGACUGCCACGUGACGUCAUGUGAAAAUUCUCUAUAGCUUCUUGAGCUAGUCAACAUCUUGCACUGACGUGAAAGGUUGUCUUCACUCAGACCAAACAUGCAUGAAAUCCUCUUUUCCAACUUCAAGGAGGCUGCUCGUUCAAAUAUUUCUGGAGUACAAAUAUUGGUUUCAAUGUCUUUGUUAUUCACAUAUUUAUGAUAACAAGUUGAACUUUUCUGUGCAAGAUGUAAACAAUAUUUUUAGGUAUCUAUAGUAUUUUGAAUUUCCUAUUUGUGAAUGGCAAUGCAUUAAAUAUUAUUUGGCUCCAGUGAUACAAAUUAUUAUCAAUUAAAGGCCAAUCAAGGCCAAGGAACAACUUCAAAGUAAGUUAUAAGUAAUCAAUAAUUUAUUGUGUUGACUUUGUUGGGGAGAACAUUUACUUUUAAUUACUAAAAAAAUUGGGUAUCUGGUCACCUCGCCACCAGGGAACUUCGCCACAAACGAACUUGCCACCAAGAGAAGUCUCAUCGCCACCAGACACCAAGAGAAAGAUAAACUAGAGUAAAGUGGUCAAGGUGUAUUAGCUGUUUGAGCGACUACAGUGUUAAUCAACUCGUAAGUUUGUUAGCUUGUCUGUUUGCAAAUUUCGAUGUCAAUAUGUUGUCGGUGAUGUGAUAUAUGUGUUUCAUUGUCUAACAAGAAACCAUAGCUUUCUAGAAUUCAGCUACAGGUAUAUUUCUUUGAGAACUGACUGUUCUGUUAUUGCUCAGUUGCUUUGCCGAUCUUGCAUUUGCAUUUAAGCUUACGUAAGUGUUUCAUUAAAGGCUCCGGCUGAACAAUCAAAUAACUUCAACCUUACACGAGCUGUGUGGGUUAUACAACUAAACAAAGUAGAACGAAAUUUCAGUUUAAUGGUAUUAGAUCGUUAAUAAUUAUUUUAGUGGCGAGGAGAAUUCGCUUGGUGGCGAGACUUCCUUGUGGCGAGGUGACCGGUAAUCAAAAUUAGACACUUUCAAAGUACAACUUAGCAGGGAUAAAAAAUUAAUAUUUCUUUGAAACACAAAAUUACUUGUUCCUUAGCCUGGGUGAACUUUUAAUUUCGGAUUAUAUCUGGCUUUUGAACAACUCGGCCAACUCACUAUAAAUUACCAAAAUGCAAGGAUAAUACACGUAUACUCUCACAAGCUUUAUAACUAUGCAAGUCCAAGUACAUGAUAAUAAUAUGGCCCCUUGGUAAAAAGAUGCUGAAUAUCGUACGCCUUGUAUAAAUAUUUUGUAUGUGCUGAUCUGGCCCCAGUUAUUUAAAGGGCGGACAGCACUAUUCAAUGCAUAAAUCCAUACCCAGUGAAUAACACAGUUGGUUUUGUCAACACUUACCCACUGGAUAAAGUGAUUUACCAGUUGGAUAACAUUAUCCACCUUUUGAACAACUUGGGCCUGAUCAAUGAUUAUUUAAUUCAAUGCAGCAUGUCAUUUAAUUCAACCUAUGCAUGUCUGGCAAGGCUACAGGCUGGCGGGUCCAAAUCUGUGUUCAGGAAAAUAUUUUUGGCAGACAAUGGAUAGUUGUUUAAUGCCUUCAUGUAAAGCAUGCCUAUGCAAGCACACACACAUUGUAAUUAUGUAAUAAUGCGAGGGCGCUUCCAUGAUAAGGCAUGAGAAGUCCGUGUCUCAGUAUAAAACAGUUUAAAUCCUUAGGUCCUCAAUGUUGUUCUAUAAAACAACUCGUCCCACUCUUCACUCCCAGGCAGGGCCUAAAUUAUUCUACUGGGAAUCCAAUCAAAAUUAUAGUUAGGUGUAAGAGUUCUGAAUUAAUGGGAACUUUGGUUUAAUAGUUUGCGGCUUGGAAAGGGGAUAUUGUAUAAUUAGUCAUGAACAGAAAUGAUUUUGCUGUGGUAUAGUGUCAGUGUAAUAUUGGGACUUUUCAUAUUUAUAUUAAUAUUAGUAUAUACUGCUGUCAGGGAGAGGGAGUAUUUUUUCAGAAAUGACAUGUACUGAUAGGGGAAUAAAAUGUUCAAAUGGUAACUCAAGGAUGUGUUAUUUUUUUAAAUUUAAUAGAAGAAUUUUUAACUGUUCCCAGCUCCUAAAUUGAGGUGAAAAUGUGUGAAUGAUGAAUUAAAUAAUUUCACUUGCAUUUUGUCAAAAUUCUUGUUAUUUCCCUUGCCUAAAAUAUUCAUUAGAACUUUGACAAGAAGGAUAUAAAAUAAUUUUCUAAUUUCACACCACCAUUUGAUUUGCCAAUCCAUACAUAUUAUACCGAAACUUCUAAUGCUUAGCAGCACAAAAUAAGGGCAUAUCCGUUUAGAAGCUUCACACCAACUAUGUAUCCAUCAUGGGCAAUAGUCUUUCAUUUCAACCUAA